ACUCGCUUAAUUUUAUUAAGAUCUUCAGUUAACAUUUUACCGUUAUCUAUGACUAUUAAGUAAUUAGAAAAAAUAUUUAAAAUGAAGUUUUUCAUUGUUAUCAUCAGUUUCGUUGCCUACUCAACAGCUGUACCAGUAGACAUAGCUUUCUUGGAAGAAAAACAAUUCAAUGAACUAAACACAAAAUGGGGCCUAAACCAAGACGGUUACGGAGCCAGCCACACGGGCAACAUCUAUGACAACGGUAGGAACGUGCUAGAUGGCACCGUAAGCGCGUCCAAAGCGUGGCAUUCACACGGGUUGGAACCCGAUGUAGUCGGUGGCCGAUUGGAAUUUUCCAACAAACCUAGUGGAUCGACAGCGUUUGUAGGAGCCGAUAGAACCAGAGGCUUAGGAACAGACGUCAACGCUGGAGUUAAAUAUAAUCUCGUGCAGGACAAGAAUUUGAAUGUGGAUGUAAGUGGACAGUACGAAAGGCAUUUCGGAGGUCCUGGUGGUACUGGAAAACCUGAUGCUGGACAAUCUUUAAAGUUAUUAAGUAAUAAAAAUAUAUUUAAAAUAAAAUUAUUCAUUUUUGUUAUCAUCAGUUUCGUUGCCUACUCAACAGCUUUACCAAUAGAUGGUGCUGUCGACGAAGAAGAAUAUCUUUUAGUUCCUGUACAUAGAGAAAGAAGACAAACAAAAUGGGGCCUAAACCAAUCGGGUUACGGAGCCAGCCAUACGGGUAAUAUCUACAACAACGGGAGAAAUGGAGUAACUGGCACCGUCAGCGCGUCCAAAGCGUGGAAUUCACACGGGCUCAAACCCGAUGUGGUCGGUGGCAGAUUGGACUUUACCAACAAACCGACUGGAUCGGGAGCAUUCAUAGGAGCAGACAGAACAAGGGGUUUUGGAACAGAUGUCAACGCUGGAGCUAAAUAUAAUUUCCUGCAAAAGAAGAAUUGGAGCGGGGAUGUAAGUGGUCAGUACGGAAGGCAUUUCGGUGGUCCUGGUGGUACUGGAAAACCCAAUGCUGGAGUAUUUUUGAAUGUUAAUGGACGUUUCUGA